ACAAGAAGACAUACGGACAGCGACACCGCUUCCUAGCUCGCUGAUUAAGAAGUCCAGCCGUCAAGGAGUAACGUGAGGAAACGUUUGGGAGUCAUAAUAAAAUGUGGUGGAGCCGUGUUCUUGUCACCAGUUGGCUGCUGCUGCUGAUCCAGCUGCUGUGUGUGGAACCAGUGCCCAUCAGCGUGGACAAAACCAAAAUCACCGUGCCGGAGACAAAAGCUGAAGAACCUCCACCUAGUGUGGACACUGGACUCCAUUAUGAUCGCUACCUCAGAGAAGUAAUUGAUUUUCUCGAGAAAGAUCAGCAUUUUAGAGAAAAGCUCCACAACACAGACAUGGAAGACAUCAAGCAAGGUAAACUGGCUAAAGAGUUGGACUUUGUCAGCCAUCAUGUCAGAACAAAAUUGGAUGAGUUAAAGAGGCAGGAGGUCAGCCGACUACGCACCCUGAUUAAAGCCAAGCAAGACCUCGAAGGAGGAAAUGACAUAGCAGUGGAUCACCAGGCUCUGUUGAAACAGUUUGAGUACUUAAACCACAUGAACCCACAUACCUUUGAAGUGGAUGAUCUGGAUCGUCUCAUCAAAUCGGCCACUAAUGAUCUGGAGAACUUUGACAAAGAGCGACAUGAGGAAUUCAAGCGUUAUGAAAUGAUGAAAGAGCACGACAGACGAGAACACCUGAAGACACUGGAUGAGGAAGAACGGAAGAGAGAAGAGGAGCACUAUGAGGAGAUGAAGAAGAAGCACGCCGAUCAUCCAAAAGUCAACCACCCAGGCAGUGAGAACCAACUGAAGGAAGUGUGGGAGGAAGCUGAUGGCUUAGAUCCUGAAGAUUUCGACCCAAAGACUUUUUUCAGCCUGCAUGAUGCAAAUGGAGAUGGCUUCUUUGAUGAACAGGAACUAGAGGCAUUAUUCACAAAGGAGCUGGAAAAAAUUUAUGAUCCAACUAAUGAAGAGGAUGACAUGGUGGAGAUGGAAGAAGAGAGGCUACGUAUGAGGGAGCAUGUUAUGAAUGAGGUGGACACCAACAAAGACAGACUGGUCUCAUUAAAGGAGUUUCUGGUAGCUACAAAGAAAAAGGAGUUUUUGGAGCCAGACAGCUGGGAGACGCUAGAGCAGAACCAAGCUUACACAGAUGUGGAGAUGAGGGAGUUUGAAGAGCACCUUGCCCAGCAGGAGCAGGACCUCAACCAGAAGGCUGUUGACCUUCAGAGGCAGAGAGAGGAGCUGGAGAGGCAGCAGGAGGAGCUGAAUGCACAGAAAAUGGAGCUACAGCAGGCUGUAGAGCAUAUGGAACGGCUAAAACUAGAGAAUGUAGAACCUCCCGGGGCUCAUGUUGAAGGGAAUGAGAUUCAAGCGUUACAUGGAGUUGAUGGUCAGGUUCAUCCACAUCAAGAAGCUCAGCAUCACCCUGCACCACAUGCUCCUCAAGAAAUUGCUCAAGAACCACACAAGCAACAUCAUACAGACACAGCUCAACAAAGUGUGUCCCACACAAACCAGGAACUACCACCAGGCCACCACCAACCCCCACAGGGCCACCAGGAACCGUCCAAUGCAGUCCUGUGAGAACUUUAGUUUCAAGACUUGUGCAGGACCACUGCAGAGGAGCAGUGCUUGGCAGACCUUUCUAACCAGUGCGACUCAGUGGGGGGCGUUGGGAGGCCACAAGUGAAGAGCACAAGAAGAAUUCUCUCUGCAGUGAUAUCAAUGUGACAUAAAAACGGUUAUCUUUGGAAUGCAUACUGUAUAAUCUGUUUACAACCUGGGACACGCAUCUUAAAAUCUGCAAACUUUUCAAGGAGUUGUUUGCUCCCAAAUAUUGAGACUGUCACAGUAUUUAGUCAUUUUUUUUUGUUUGUUUGUUUUAACAAAAAUGCUGGUGUUGAAGUGCAUUAUGUUUAAAAACUUGAGACUAUCUGUAAAGCUGUCAUAUAUUUUAAAAAAAAUAUUUUGAUGAGGUUUUUUUGUUUGUUUUUUAACCAACAAGGUGCUGUCAACAUUUCAAGCGUAGCCCCCACCACCAAAGUUCAGUGCAAGAUCCCUUUUAAGAAAUAUUAUGGAAUCAAGAAGUGAAAUUGCCAGAGGUAAUUUUUAAAUUAUUUUUUUUUUACCCUUAAAACAUUGAGAUGUUUUGCUCAAAAAGACAGUAAAAACCACAUGAUGUGGAUAGUUUUGUGGUUAUCAACACAUAGGUGACAAAUGAAAUGCCAACAAGGUGAUAGGCCACCAGAACAUCUUAAUUGUGCCUUGGCACUGAUUUAGCAGGUCUCUAGGCCUUGACUGGAGGGUUGGAACACAUUCAUAUGCUCUUAGUUGGUAUUUUCCUGAUGGUGGCAGUAACAGCUAACAUAGUUGGCCAAAAUCCAUAGGUGUGCAGUUGGGAUUGGGUGUGUGCGAAAGCCAUAGCAUUUUCUUAGUCAUCAGUGUCUCCAACACAUGGCAGAAUGUUUGGUUUUCCCUUUGUUACUCAUCGGUACAUUUUUGUAAUCAAGGGUAUGUGCAGACUUUCCAUAUGUCCGGUUGCCACUUUAUUCAAAUAACUAACUAAAACCAGUGGUAAGUAAAUGUUGUUGUACCAAGACGGUGAAUGUUUGAAGUGAUGUCUCAGGAGGUUUUUAUAGUGAUGAGCUCCUUAUCUCCUGAGGUGAUAAGUGGAAACUUCCAUACUAUUGGCACAUGGUUAACUAACACUUCCUCCUUCUGUACUGCUGUCAUCUCAUGAAGUCACCAGCAGCUUUGCUCUUUUCCAUCUAGUCAGAUCCUGUUAUCUCAGCUGUAGAAAAGAAUAAGACACAAUGCUGCUCCCCAUGAACUUUUCAUGUAAAUUUCUUUUGAUGAGUCAUACAAGCACUUAGUCUUUGCAGUGUUUCUCUCUUGCUCUUCAAAUGUAAUUUCCCUGCAUCUGAAGGUUUUGCAGAUGCUGAUCUGGGAGCAUCCUUCUGCAGAUAAGCAGUUUGUUGCUUACCAGAUUAAAAGCAAAUUUUGCACACAUGGGACUGGAUUCCACUUGUUGCACCUACACAAGGAUGAGGAUUUAAAUUAUACACAAAUGUGUAAGUUACAUGUUUGAGUUUAUGUAAAAUUUAAUAAACGUUUUACAGUGAAA